CUUCACUCUGCCGUUGAAGAUUCACACGCACUCACAAGUCACAGGCAGCGGUGCUUUGCUACUCCUCUCAAACCGCUGUUGGACUCUUUGAAAGCGGUCGGAAAUUACCCGUUUCCUUUUACGAGGUCGCUGGAUGAUUUAUAUCACAGUACAAGCAGAAGGUUCUGGAGCGAUGAUGUCACAGUGAUGUCACAGAGCUAAAGAAGAGGCUGUCAUUUACAAUAUGGAGUCAGCGGAGAGGCUGGUGACCCCGACCUCCAGUCAGACCUCCAUCAGAGCUGCAGCAAACCCAGAAACCUCACCGACAACGCACAGCAAAAGCGGUCAUUUGUUCCAGAUGAUUGGAAAUCAGGGUUUGGGAAUUUCUUCUGUUUCUGGUGCCUUUCCCAUGAUCAAUCACCCGGUCUUCAGUCUGCACUCCUCUUCUCCUGUCCGCUCUGAAUUCGGAGGUCUGGGAACUCUGGGAACCCUGGGAAUGUCGGCCGCUCUGGCCGCCCGCUCUCAGAUCGGAGCUUUACCAGAUUGGUGGCGUUCUGCAGAUGCUCAGGGUCAGGGGUCAGCAGCCUUUUUUCCUCAUCUUCUGGGUCUACCAGCAUUAUUCAACGCACCGUCCCUGAACCAAGAGCAAACCAUCCUCCAGUCUCAUGCGGCCAGACGCACUCCUGCGAAAGGACUAAAUGGCUCUGUCAAUGGGAAAACAAACUCAAGCUCUGCCUCCUCCACACCCUCUCCAGUCCUCAUCACUCCAGAUCAGACCAAGAGCCUCAAAACCGUCCCAAAACCAGCAUUAAACAAGCUAGAGGCAAAAGCUAGACCCAAAACAAAAGGCGAGAAGCUGCAUAGCAAAGGGCCAGACGUCUCCAUCAAUAGUGACAGCCAAUCAGCAUCCAGCUCUGACAGCUCGAGCGAUGCUCUGAGCAGCUCUGACUCAGACGACCUGGAAGAUGUUGACGACGACGACGAUGAUGAUGAUGAUGAUGAUGAUGAUCAGAGUGAUGAUAGUGUGGAUUCGGAAAAGUGCGGAAAAGAUCCGAAAGGUAUCCGUAAGGAGGAAAUGCACAGAGACAGGAAGAAGAAUUGCCUCACUGUAGGGCAGGAUAAGCUGGAUGUCCGGGGUUCACUUUCAUCCCAGCUACCAUCACAAAUCCAGGCCUUUAGGCCGACAGAAGAGCCCAGUAAACACACCAGUGUCAUUCAGGCCACAAGUCUAACAGUCAGCGCAAAACCGCUUGCACUAGUUACGCAGUGCCGUAGAGACAGAGAUGCUCUGUCCCCUAAAAACCUGCCUGUCUCCCACUCAUCCUCUCCGAAACCACCUUCCCUCACCCCGUCACCACAGCUUCUGUCUCAGUCUCAGUCUUCCUCUCCCACACUGCCCUCCUCCAAAUCCAUUCCUUUGCAGUCAGACCGUCCGAAGACGUGCAAGAAUUACCUCGACGAGACCCUACUGACCAUUAACAACAUCAGCAAACUCAAACAGGUGACUUUCUCUGAAAGACAAUGA